AUGGCUGAACCUUCAGAACACCAGGAAGUCGAUAUUCUCGAGUCGAUGCUCGACCAGGCGUUCGCGUCCCCGCCCCCGUCGCUAAAACCGGAGCCCAAGCCAGAGGCUUCACUAGGAGUCGCUGUUCCAUCUACGACUGCCUCCGAGGCACAACAUGGAGCUACCUCCGCUGUUACUCCUCUCGAAGCCAGCGGAAGCAUGGCUGGCUCAGAAGACUCAUGGAAAGCUGAGUACGAGGCGCAGGUGCAAUCGUGGCGUGCUCAGUCAGCUGAGGCGCGCGAAAAGGCUGAGAAGGAGCGCUUGAGGUGGGAGGCGAUACGCGCCGCGGAGAAGGAAGAAGCGGCGAAGCGGAAGGCGGCAGGCAUCCUCGAUGAGCCGCCCUCACAAGCCCAAGGAGAAGGUUGGGAAAGCGUCGGCGGGCCUAGCACCGUGGCCAGUUCCUCGCAGCUGGCAGAAUUGGUCAGCGUGGAAAGCGAACCAGCACAACCACAAUCCUCUGCUGCCCGCCCUGAACCUACGACGGAUCUCUCAAGGAUCCACUCGCGACCAGACACAAAUACGGAUGAGUCUCAAAAAUGGGAGGACGUCCCUUCCGUGACCUCUUCUUUCCCUUCUAUGACCUUCCCCGAGAACAUCGACACCCCACCGCCUCCUCGUCCCCAGGCGGCUUCUACUGCCCCUGCCUCUGUCACACUCGCCAUUUUUGACUCCUCCCUCUCAACACGUACCCGCCUGAAGGCAUUUGCCUCGUCUCUGGCGGUCAAUCUGUUGCUACCGUUCGUUAAUGGUGUCAUGCUCGGCUUUGGCGAAAUCUUCGCGAAGAACGUCGUCAUGGGUUGGUUCGGAUGGAAGAGUCCAGGGUCUGCCGCUGCCAAUGUGGGCUUGAGGAGCAGCAGUCCGCGGGAAAUCCGACAGAGGCAAGCUGGUCUACGUUGA